AUGACUAAUGAUCUCACAUCAUCAUGUUAUAGAUCAGCUAUUAUACUAAAAACUGAUUUUAUCUUUUUUAGAGAAGUGCGCACUGCUUCGGGACGCGCAUGGGGAAAUAUUGGUUAUUGCGUUAUUUUGAAACAAUCUGUCUUUGUGACACAGUACAAUAUAAUUUUUCAAAAUCAUCCGCUAUUUCACGAAAAUACGGUGACUUUAUUUUCGAUUAAUGAUUUUGCAAUCCGUUGUGUAAACGAUUCUAAAUUUAGAUGUAUGGAGUUUAGCAACAUUCAUCUCUAA